GCGGUCCCAGCGAGCCACUUUUCCCACUCCGAGCCGAGCUUGGCGCUGUAGCUGGAUGGAAGCUCAAAGACUUGGCGCGAUGGCAUGAAGGAGAGCACGCCUCAGAAGGCCUGGUUUCGGCUCCCCUUUGGCCAUGGCUAUCAGCUGCUGGCGCACGCCUAUCGCUUUCCGAGUCAGGAGUUGUCCAGAGCGAACUUGCCACAGGUUGCAGUGAAGACAUGGGCCUCGGUGGCGGCUGUCUACCAGGAGACCAGCGGAAGCCAGCGGCUGCUCGCCACAGCCCAGCGUCUGUGCCGCAGCAGGCUCUCUCCGGUGGUGGGCUGGGAGCUGGCGGCGGUGCUUUUGCAAGCUCUGGCGGUGCUGCUCUUGGGCCUAGUCCUGCAGGAGGCCUGGGGAGCUCCGGCGUGGCUGGGGAGCGCGGACCACGCGGCGCUGCGCUGCGUCCUCCUGGCGCUGCUCGUGGCGGCGGCCCGCUUUGCUGACCAAUCCGCGCAGCACAGGCGCGUGAAGCUCGCGCAGCAGGUCGCGUGGGCCUUGCGCUGCUGGCUCUUCCACGCCGCGGCUGCUGCGGCGACUGGCACAAAGACGACGAAGAUCGCCCCGGAAGCGCUGGAAGCGCUGGUGAAGCGCGCGAGGCCGCGGCUAGUUGCGCCGCUGCUGGGCCUCGCCUUGGGUGCCGCGUUGCUCGCGUUGGCCCUGGGGCCGCUGGCGCCGGCGGCGCUGGCGCUGGGGGCGCUCAGUGGGGCGCUGGAGGUGUUUGCUCGGCGCCUGGAUGGCCGCUGGGCCCGGGAGGCCCAGCUUCUGCGCCAGCACCGUGAGGCGAUGUCAGUGACGCUGUUGGCCGUCGACAUGGGCUGUGCCUCGAGCACGGUGAAACUCUUCUCCUGGGAGCGCUUCGCUUUUCAGCGGCUGCAGAGUCUGCGCCACAAAGAGCUGGCGGCGCUCAGCCGGCGCCGCAUGCUGGCCGCAGCCAGGGCGGCGGCGCGCUGGGAGCUGGUCUUGCCGGUCGCUGCGGCCAUACUCAAGGUCUCCGGCGUGUCGCUGUGGCACUGCUUCCAGGGCCUUGCUGCCUGCAGGAUGAUGUCGCAGCAGCUGCGGCAGCUGUUGCAGAUCAUCCUCACGCCGAUGCCGCAGAUGGAUGGCGAACCAGAGGUGCCAGAGACCAGGAAGGCGCCCAAGCAGGGCGACCGCAGCAGCUACAAGGCCGCUCGCUAUGCUGUCGACAUUGAAGGCAUGCGCUUCUUUUGGCCCAACGCCGGGGAGGCGCAGACGAGCUCUGCGCCAAAGCCCACAGGCGCCGCCGCCAUGCUGUCGGUGGUGCAGAAGGCCCAGAAGGGCGGCAAUGGCCUGGACCUGGUGGACUCCGUCACGGACGACGCCUCGGUGGCCGAGCGGGCGAAACGCACCACGAACCAAUCCAACCGCUUUGAUCUGAAGGUUCUAUCCCUCCAGGUGAAGCGAGGCUGUCACGUGGCUCUAGCAGGUGCUACGGGAAGUGGAAAGUCAACUCUCCUCGCUGGCCUGGUCGGAGGUUGCUGCAUGGAGCACUGGGGGGAGGACAUGGAGGGCGGCGUGGAGCUCUCGGGCAGGCUGGCCUACGUGCCGCAGACCCCCCAGCUGCUGUCCGCCUCCGUCCGCGACAACGUGCUCUGCGGCCACUCCUGGGACUCCCGCAGGUACGAGCAGGCUUUGAUGAGCUCCACUUUAUCGGAGGACCUGAUGCGACUGCCCGGCGGGGAUGCCAGCGAAAUGCGAGAGCUGCCAGAUGGGGGCCAAGCUGCGCUGCAGCUGGCCAGAGCUUUGUACACGGAGGCUCAGAUCCUUCUGCUGGACGAACCUUUCGCCCGGAUGGACUUGGACAAGGCCAAGCGAGCCCUGCAGAACCUGGUCAAGAAGCACAAGGACCAGACCAUCAUCCUCGCGACGCAGACUUUGUCCAUCUUGUCCCCGAUGGACAGCAUCAUCGUGCUGCGCAACGGCACGGUCUUUGAGCAGGGAGACUACAAGACGCUGUCCUCGAUGCCCACCGAGUUCAGUCGCAUGCUUCUCAUCGCCAGGGAGAAGGAGAAGCGACGCAAAGAGAAGGCCAAAGAGGGCCUGUCCUGGCCUUCCUUGUGCUACGAGGUGGGGCCGGACCCCAUGCGGGAGUUGUAUCCCAUGGACGAGUACUUUGGUACCUUCCCAGCCUUUGGAAAUCCGUCAAAAGAGCCCAAGCAGUGGGUUCCACCGAAGUCAGACGUGCCAGCCCCGAGCGCGACGCACGUGGUCGGCAUUGCACACACGGCCGGGUCCCGGCUCGUGCCGGCCGACGAAGCGGACCCAGAAGUGCGUCACGGAGAUGGUGGCGUGACUAUGGCGCUGCUCGCGGAACAGAGGAUGGGUCUGGCGUUGCCGGCUGCGCCAGUGGUUCCAGGCGAUGACCACAACCUGCAGGAGCGGCUCUCUCACAGGCCGCCCGUGAGGCCGGGGCCGGAAGACGGCGAUGCCGAGGACGACGCGCUGGGCCAGCUGUUGAGUGGCCCUCAAAACUGGGAGAAGGGCGCCUUGGCCUACUCCGCGAUGCCCAUGGUGGGCGCCUCCGAGGCCGGCGGCUUUGGUCUAGGCAUGGACGCCGAGCUACGAGGAGUGGACGAGGUGCCGGAGGAUCAGGGCAUCCCCAUGCCACACAAGAGCCAACUGGCAGCGCAGGACCGCGUACUUCCGCAGCCGGCGGCCACCGAGCAGUGGACCCCCGAGGACCCGGCAUCGCCUUCUGCGCCCAAUUCCCCUGCCAGCGGCGACGGGCUUCGGCGGCGCUUGCCGCCGGCCGAGGAUGUGGAGGCAAGCCUCGUGCCGAAGCAGAUUUGGCCAGAGGCCGAGCACACGGCGCCGCCGCCGCAGACCCUGGGAAAGCCCCGAGAGGAGGACCGGGUCAAGCGACGGCGUGGCGAAAGAGAGGACUCCAAAGGCGCGGGGAACGGAUCGAACCUGCCGCGCGACGUCCUCGAGAAGGCGCUCAAGGAGAAGAACGAGAAGAUCGCAGAGCUUGAAAGACAGAUGGCGUUAAAAGGUGGAGAGAAGAAGGAGUUGCUGAGGGACGAGUCAGGGGCCUCCCUAGGUGGGCUUCCCCGCUCACCGCCCAGAGGGCGCGGCAGUAGCGUGCUCCUGCUCUUUGGGCCUGCGAGCGCUUCCUGGCUUCUUGUUGUGCUGGUGCUGUGCAGCGCUGGCGCACAGGUGGCAGCCCCGGUCCUCUUGGGCCUGUUCUUUGCGCCUUCACUUCCCAGUCCCAGUGUGGCGCCCACCUCGGCACCCAGCGGGGUGUUGAGCACCAGCCGCGCGCCGGCCGCGCCGGCGCCGGCGUCGCCGGCCGCUCCGGUGCCGGUGCCUCCAACAGUUCCAACCUUUCCUCCCGACGCUGAGAUCGAUGAUUCGGAGGUGGUCUGGCUGGGCUUUUCCACCACAACCACCACGGGCGCGACGACCGCCGUCACCACCACAGAGGCGGCAACGACCACCACGACGGAAGCGGCUGCACCGGAGCAGGCCUGGCACGUGAAGCUGGCGGGGCACUUCUGCCACGAGCCCGGCCUCGAGCAGACCUCAGGGCCCCAGGGCAACUACGAGUUAGACGUGACCAUCGGGUGGCACUCUGCCGUCCCGCUGACCCUUGCCACAUGCCAGCGGGCCUGUGAGGAUAUCGCCGAUUGGGGCUGCCGAUUCAUCUCCUGGGGUGGCCCCGCCGCCGCUGCGAAGUGGUGCUACCUCCACCGGCAGUGCGGGGACGUCAUGAGGGUGCCGGUCUAUCAGGUCCUGGAGAUGAACUACACAGGAUCCCCGCAGCGCUUGCGCAGGCGCCUGGGGAGCCCUAGGACUGCUGUCUCUCCGCUUCGAGGACGCACGACUUCAAAACUGCCGCGCCUGGCGCGGAGGUCAUUGAGGCGCCUGCAGGCCGCGACAGAGGUCGAGGUGGCGUCCCGGUGGCUCUCCCAGUACUCUUUGGAGACAGCCCUAGUGGCGCUGAGCUUGCUGUUGCCACUCCUGGGGUGGUACCAGGCCCGGCUGGCGGCCUAUGUGGGCCUGCAGGCCUCGCGGCAGAGCUUCAGCAAGCAGCUCCGCGCCCUGCUGGCCGCGCCCGCGGACUUCCGAGGAGCUCCCUUGACCUUCGCGCCCAGCACGUUGGAGGCCAAGCAGCUCACGGAGCGAGGGCACAACAUCCUGAAAGACAUCGCGGAUGGUGAUGAGUUCCUGCCCAUCCCGUUGGUGCGCUGCCUCAGCGCCCUCUCAGAGGUUCUGGGAGUGGUGGUCUGCUGCGCUAUGGCCAGUGCAGGGCAGGCGGUACCCGCGGUCACCCUGACCUUGGCGCUUGGGCUGGCAGCCUAUUUGCAUCGUCUGCGCCUACCCUUUCUGCAUCAGAUCCGACGCCUACAGCGCUACCUGGAGGAAGCCGCGGUCUUGCGGAUGCAGCACCUUGCCGAGUGCCAUGAGGUCUUGCGGGCACACGGUCGUCUGCAGAGCUUUUGCGAGGACUACGAGGCUUUGUGCUUUGACAGUGCGCGGGCGGUCAUCGCGGCAGAUGCCGCAGAGCGGUGGCUCUACACCCGACUCUAUUGCCUCAUCGCCGUGCUGCUGGGCUUCUUGUCCUUCCCGCUGCUCACCCAGGCCGCCUGGCCCUCGGAGCUGGUCUUUGCCGCCGCAGGUGCCGCCGUGGCGCAGGUGGUGUGGCUGCCUGAAGCGGCAGUCGAUCUGGUGAAGCACGGGGCCCGACUUACCCAUGGCCUGGCGGCCCUGCGGCGAAUGCGACAGCUCUGCAAGGAGACGGAGGCAGAAGAGCUCGAGAGUCCGAUCUUGAAGCUGCCUGAAACCCUCAAAGACGAGGGCGAGAGCAAAGGCCCAGAGAAGAUGCGGGGCCGAAGCGGCAAGGUGGCUCUCGGAGACGUUAUGCUGGACGACCCAGAACGGGAGACCGCCAAGACCCAGGAGCAGGAGCAGAGCGCCUCAGUCGCCGGCUUUCCUGUGGAGAAGGUCCCGGCCGAUUGGCCCUACUUCGGCGCCAUAGAGCUCGAGGAGGUCACCUUCAGGUACUCUGCCCAGCUAUCGCCGGCUCUGUCCAGCUGCUCCUUGCGUUUGCCGGCCGGCAAGGCGCUUCUGCUCUGCGGCCCCGAGAGCUGCGGCAAGAGCUCGCUGCUGCGGCAGCUUCUUCGACUCCACGUCCCCGAGGCAGGCCGGGUCCUGGUGGACAACGUGGAUCUGCGUUGCGUUGGCCUUGCCACCCUGCGAGGCCGCGUUGCUGUGGUCCCUCAGGAGGUGAUGCUUUACCGUGGCACCUGGCGACAAAAUCUGGACCCCAUGGAUGAGUUCAACGAGGAGGAUCUUCAGCUGGUCCUGCGUUUGACACGACUGGAGAACUGGAUGUUGCACCACUCGUGUCGCCUGGAUGAUGAAGUGGAUGCCAAGGCCGGGCCUUUGGUGGCUCUCUGCCGGGCCAUGCUGCGGCUGGUCCGAAAGCGCUCCAAGCUGUUGCUCUUGGAUGCGGUGACUUGCCGCCUGGCCCCAGCCUUCGAUGCGGACCUCACCGCGAUCCUGCUGCGGUAUUGCCGCCGCGGCGGCAUCGCCGUGCUGCAGACAAGCCGUCGAGUACAACAAGCACCGCUCUACGACGAGGUGGCCGCCAUGUCCAACGGCCGCAUCCUGGAGCAGGGCACGGCCAAGAAGCUUUGGGUCAAAGAUGGGGCCCUGCGAAGGAUGGCCAAGGAGCAAGGCCUCGACUCCAACCGGAUGACCAAGCCCGACGCCGUGAGCGCCCGCUUGGCCUCUGUCUGGGGCUGGGAGGUCAGCCCCCAGGAGGAGGCCGCCUGGCAGGACGAGUUCGCCGUGGCCAUGAAGAAGGUGAAAGGCGACAAGGACAGAAGGGCUUCUAAGUGAACCAUCCGACGGAUCCGCGGGCGCAUGCGGGCCGUGGCUGUUCUUCAAGAGACCUGGUGUUUGGCAUCGACCCGGCUGGUUUCA